AUGAAUCAGAUUUGUCUUGCAUCGAAUUGCUUCUCAAUUUUUGACGAAAACUCCAAUAGACGUCUGAAUUGGAAAUAUUGCGAGAGCCAAUUCUGCUCCCGAAAACUUUCGACGGUUUGGUUGGAAUGCUUGCCGUGCAAACAUAAUAUUUGUUCCACGUGCAUGGAAGAAUACAAACAAUUACCUGUUCCCGUUUGCCCAGCGGAAGAAUGUUCAGGAAAAACAUUCGAGGCGGAUGAGCCCAACUUGUGCGACGGUGUAUGUAAGAAACACCUGGAAGAAGGCAAAUACACAACGACAAAUUGCUGUCAAGCGAGAAUAUGUUUCACUUGUUUCGAGACUAUAUUCGGUCGUAAACAUCUUUCAGGUACUGAAGAAAGAUGUCCUUCUACCGAAUGCCUUAGAAAUCCUGACAUAGCGCGAUGCCAAGCUGGAUUAAAAUGUAAAAACUUGACAAUUAGUGGAUUCCCAUCAAAAGAUGAAUGCGAACACGCUAUAUGCAUACAAUGCCUUGAGAAAAUGAUCGAUGACUGUGAAUCUGUUGGUUCCCUACCACGUUGUCCCAACGAAUCAUGCAAUGCAUUGUAUAGUACGGAAUCCGUAAUAGCCAUACGUGCUAUGUUACCCGGAAAAUCUGCAUUCUUCAACAAACUUUCACUGGAUAACAACUACUAUUAUAUGAUCAAGGAUGAAGCAAUUACUCCAAUAAAAUUUUCGACAAAUUUUAAAUCAAUGCAACGAUAUUUUGAAAUUGAUGUCAAACUAAGUGAUGGUAGUGAAAGUAAGAAACUUUCAUUCGAUCGAAUAGGAACAAUUGCCGAUUUGGUGCGGGAAAUAAGAAGAGAACUAAACAUUGCUCCUGAAGAGAAGGUUUACGGAUAUUACCUAACACGAUCAUUAAAUGCCGAAGGUAAACUAGAUGAGGACGGUUAUUCAGACAAACCAGCAGAGAAACUAGAAUUUAGCGCAGAAUCGAUCAGUGAAACCGUGGAAAAACUAAACCUUUCUACGGCGAUUACAAUUGUAGCUGAUAUAGCUGGAAUCGUGCAAGUUAAAAAUGAUAAGGCAUUAAGUGAUAAAGCAAUAUGA